CCAUUGUCAAUCGUCCAAGCUCUGUCUCACUCACUCCGUGGAUUAGUUAGCACCUACCUUUGGCUCUAUUAUUUGCCUACGUUGACUCGUAUCCUUUCUUCCUGUAUCACAAAUCAUGGUGAUUAAAUAAACUUCGAGCUUCACAUAAAACCAGAUACCCCCAACAUAUACUCUUCCCCACAAUAAUAGCCUGUUAGAUUCUGUGUUACAAGAUGUGGAGUUUGCUCAGAAGAAAACUCAGGUUCCUCUAUUCAAGGAUAAGUUGGUUGCUAUGGAAGCGACCAAGGUGUAAAGUUGUGAUCAGAAGGUUCAGAAAGUUGAGCCCCAAAGAUCACUCCAGACCACAACAGUCUGGCUUCAUUAAAACUGCAAGUAAUUCUGAUUCUGUGAAGCCUAUUAGGAUUGCUACUUUCAAUGUUGCCAUGUUCUCCCUUGCGCCAGCUGUUUCAGAAGCUGAUGAAUUGGGGUCUUACAGUAAUAACAAGAGUUCUUCUAUGAAGGUAUCUUAUCCCAAAAGUAUAUUAAAGCACUCUCCAUUGCAUGCCUCUUUAAGUAAAGUUCAGGAUCUCUCUAACUCCAAGAUUCUCCCUCGAUCCAACUUGAAGGUUUCCAUCAAUCUUCCUGAAAAUGAGAUUUCAAGAGCCAAUAGUAAGCUGCUUGCUUCCAUGGAUGAUAAUGAAGUUGAAGGAGGCACAUCAAGAAGAAGAAGCCAAGUCCCAGCAAGGUCCCCAGUAUGCUUUUCUCCCAUUAUGAAUUACUACUGUGGAAGCAGCGAGAGAUUUAUGAACAGCAGAAGCAUCCUAGAAGUUCUAAGGGAGAUAGAUGCUGAUGUGCUGGCGCUGCAGGAUGUGAAGGCAGAGGAAGAAAAGAGUAUGAAGCCUCUAUCAGAUUUGGCAGCUGCCUUGGGAAUGAAAUUUGUGUUUGCUGAGAGCUGGGCUCCAGAAUAUGGAAAUGCUAUUUUAUCAAAAUGGCCAAUUAAGAGAUGGAAGGUUCAGAAAAUUGCUGAUGUUGAUGAUUUCAGGAAUGUUUUGAAGGCCACAAUUGAUGUGCCUUGGGCAGGAGAGAUUAAUUUUCACUCAACUCAACUUGAUCAUUUGGAUGAGAAUUGGAGAAUGAAGCAGGUCAACGCAAUAAUCAGACACAUUGACCCUCCUCACAUCUUAGCAGGAGGUCUCAAUUCUCUGGACGGAGCAGAUUACUCAGCAGAGAGAUGGACAGACAUUGUUAAGUAUUAUGAGAAACUGGGAAAGCCCAGGCCUAAGACCGAAGUGAUGAACUACAUGAAAUCAAAAGACUAUGUUGAUGCAAAGGAUUAUGCUGGAGAAUGCGAGCCCAUAGUCAUCAUGACCAAAGGCCAAAAUGUACAGGGGACUUGCAAGUAUGGGACGAGGGUGGACUACAUUUUGAGCUCACCGGACUCGCCCUAUGAAUUUGUUCCCGGGUCAUACUCAGUCAUUUCUUCUAAAGGCACUUCAGAUCACCACAUAGUGAAGGUGGAUGUAGUGAAAGUAAAAGGUGCAGAAGCUGCGCAGAAAAAUGUCAUGAGAAGAUGCAGGAAACUGAAACAGAAAGUGAAGAGAAUAGCUCCACCUUGUUCUGCAUCAAAUGUCUGGGAACUAACCCCACCUCCCAAAAAUUUGAUAUUAUAGAAUAUGAUAUGAUGUAUUUGAUAUAUAGAAAAGUUUAGGCCACGGGGUCUUCCUCUUAUUAACUGUCAUAUAUUCGUACUGCCCAAUAAUUAAUAGCGACUUCAGCUUGUCCCUUUUGUUCAA